GCGGAACCCGGGGUGGGGCCGCGCGUUCUACGAGGCGUCGCCGUUUGUGGGGACGGACGAGCGGGCGGGGCGCGAGGCGUAUUUUAUCCCGUUCCAGCGGCGGAGGGCGGAUCCGGCAGACGGCCCAGCGGCUGCUGCGACGACUGUGCGGCGGCGCGCGGAGACGAUGCCAGGUGGGAUGGUGCCUGUUGUUGACGGGCCUUCGCGGACGGUGGGAACGACGACGACGACGACGGCGAUGGUGGAGCGAAGCCGGUUUUUCAACGCGCCUGCGCCUGCGGGUGCGGGUGGCGGACGGGCGGACUUGUCGAUGAUUGCGGGGCCGUCGAGGGUGGUGCGGGAGGACGACGGGGAGGUGUACGGGCUCGUGGCUGGAGACGAUAUCUCGAUGGACGUCGAUUGAGUGGGCGGGGCGCGGUUGGUUGCUUGGUUGCUUGGUUUUUUCUCAUUGGGUUUUUUCUAUUGUCUUCGGCUCGGCGCGCUGGCGUCGGGGAGUAGAGCGAAGACGCACCUUUGGACCACUUUUUUUUUACUUCCAGACGGGAAAUAUAUCCCUCAGGUUUCCGACUUGGCCUGUGUCGUGAUGGGCCGACCGUUGCUGCACGAUCUUUCUUGAGGCUGUCUUGCCCUCCCCUGCCCUCUCCCCCUCCGAUCGAGUGUCCUCCCCCACCAUCUAAGCGCGUCGACGAGCGUCCGUGCACGGUUCUCCCUCCUCACUCUCGGCCGCCUCUCGGUCCUACUCUCUACCAGUCGGGUCUCUCCCUCACCCACCCCCUCUCGUUCAGUAUACUCCACCGCGUCGUGUUUUUUUUUCUCUUUUCUCUGUUCUAUCAUACUUUGUCUGUCCACACGUUGCACAUCACACCGACUCUCUCUCUCUCCCCUCUCUCAUUUUUCACGUCUAUCCGCUGCCCUGAAUGCCUGCCUGUUUCUUUUCUGUCUGUUUUUUUUUUCCUCUUUCUCUUCUCUCACACGUGUGGCUAUUCGGUAUGAUACUCAGUACUCAGUUCCCCUACCGGUCCGUUUCUGCGUCGUAUUUUGCAUCAGUAUAUCAUGUCACUAGUCUGCAUAUAUAUAUACUUACGAUUUC